AUGUCUUCAAGUAAACUUUCUUUUAUAAAUGCUGAAACAAGUAUUUUUUUUAUUUGUGAUGUUCAAGAAAAAUUCAGACCUUCAAUAUGCCAUUUCAAUGAGAUUGUAGUGGUAAUUCAGCGUUUAAUAAAAGCUGCUAACAUUUUAAAUAUUAAAAUACUUGGUACAGAACAAUAUCCAAAAGGAUUAGGACAUACUAUUGAAGAGCUUUCGAUAGUAGAAAAUAAUAUAAAAAUUUUUGAAAAGAAAGUAUUUUCUAUGUUAACAGAAGAUGUUAAAAAAAGUAUAGAAAAAGAAGUAAAAACAGUUAUUCUUUGUGGUUUGGAAACACAUAUAUGUAUUCUCCAGACAACAAAAGAACUACUUCAAAUGGGAUAUGAAGUUAUUGUUAUUGCGGACGGAGUAUCUUCAAGAACAAUUGGUGAUAAGAAAAUCGCCUUAAGGUAUCUUGAACAAAUUGGAGCUCAAGUAAGAACAUGUGAAUCUGUCUUAUUUGAGCUUAUACGAACAGCCGACCAUCCAAAAUUUAAAGAAAUUCAAAAACUCAUUAUUACUCCACCUCCAGAAACAGGGUUAUGUCAUAUUUAA